GGGUCGGGUGUCUGGAGAAGGAAACAGACAGGGAUUAUGGAAUUUGCCCCGGCGGGUCGGACUCGUGCGGCUUCUUCCUUUAGGUACAGAGCAGGCUAACGAUCCUCUAGCUUCCCCUAAGCGACGCGCGCCGGCCGGGGUCACCCUCGGCAGUGGCCUGUAGGGCCCAGGAGGCCCCCCACGGUGCUUGAGCCUUAGCUCUAACUAGGCUGAAGACUGAUUGCUAGAGCUCUGGUAAAGAGAAUAGGGGGCGGUCUUAGAAUUUCAUUAGCUAGAGGAUGGUUUUUAGAAACAAAGUACCUCACGAAAAUGGGGGAGAGGCCGGGUGGGUAGGGCUCCUGACUGUGGUAUUUGUGGGGCCCACAAAGAGGGCUCCCAAGUUGCUCAGGGCAGUCAGAUACUUAGAGGAAUUGUGAUGGAUUUGCCUGAAGAUGGGGGGGAGGUGUAGAGAGUAAGUGGAAAGGGGGGAGAUGAAUAAUGUGCCUUUCAGGCCUCAUUGAGACACUCAACCUGUGUGCUCACCCCCUUCCACAUGAGGCAUGAGGCCUCCUCUUGGGAAGAAGAGAACCCAACUUUGGAGGCUAUCAUUUCCACUGCUAGGAUGGGGAGGUGAGAUCAGAUCUUUUCCUUCUCCUCCCUUUUCUUUUUCUCCCAGCAGUAUCUCCACACCCCCUGGCCUCACAGAACAGCGGGGCUGGAAGCCCCAAGCCAGGCUCAGCUUCCAAGGCAGCACUGAGAGAAAUUGCAGAUUUCACCUGACUUUGAGCUCCUGGGCUGCACCAGGGGUUGAAGGAGGUGGGGCAACAGGAAAAGAGCAUCCCCUGUCCACUCACAGCCUUCAACCCCAGGUUGAGGGUGUCACUCCUAAGUGGUCCUUCUCUUCCUUUCUUCACUUCCACCUCUCUUCGAGGGCCAGUCCUAAUACUCUACUAAGUCCCAAGGUGUGUAACUCCUUGGACCUCCUUCAAUGAGGGAUGAAUAGAAACCCUCAGAAGACUCCCCACUGCUAUGGGACCACCCAUCAUGUCCCAUGAAUUCUGGGCAGGAAAUAGAUGUCUUAUGGGGACUGUUUUAGGCUCCAAGGCUCCCCCGGUGAAUCUGAGGCUGUAAUUUUCAGAACAAGAUCCGGGCCCUUCUCUGUUUUAGGACUCAGAGCUACGGGCCUUUCCAGCCCCUGGAGUGAUUCUGCAAUCAAUCCUCACAUGGUUCUUUAAAGCCCUCCAAAAGAGAGUUCUUUCUUGGCUUUAACCUAACUCCUUCUUGCUACACUUAAAUGUCAUUUCUUGUUUCCCUCCUCAAAUGAUUCAGAGGGAUUAGAGGCAUUCUUCCCCAGUGUGACAUUUUCACCAGUCCACAGCACAACGAAAAGGAAAACAUUAAGACAGAGGAAUGUCUAUUGUUGUCCUUUCUCGGGAAUGACUGUUUUUGGUUCAGUUGUUCUUGAGAAUUAAAACCCACUUGCUUUUAUGAAAUGAUGGCGAUAAUAGAUGAUAGAUAAUAGAUAAUGGAAUGUUCUUAGGGAACAUAACUGCAACUCUCCGUGGAAACUUGGCUUUGUUUACUUUUUUCCUGUCAAAUUAGACCUGGACCACGGGCUAGAGACAAAGCUGAGAUUCUAGACACACAGAUGGCCCCGGGUUUCUGUCUGGCCCUCACCAAGACAAAAAGGAUACCAGCUGCCCUGUAUCUGCUUUCUCCGCUGCGGUUACCAACUUUUUGCCUCGAAGGCUGAUGCUCCCAUCAUGUUAGGUGCGUUUAGUUUAGUGGAGUGAGGCUGUAGCCCGACUGCCAGGUUCAAAAUCAGUUCAGUCAUAGACUCAGUUCUGUGAUCUUUACACCUCAUUUUCCUCACCUUUAAAAUGGGAAUAAUACCACCUUGGGGAUGCUUGUGAGUAUUAAGUGCUCAGAACAGUGCCCAGUACAUGGAGCCCCCCGAUGCUGACUAUAAUAGAAUUACUACUACAAGCAGGUUUCAUCUGGACCAACAUGGCUGGGGUGUGGGGGGGUCCUAUCAUAUUUAGGACCCUCAUGGUUUAGGGGCACAGACCCACCCAAAAUUAAUCCUGGAGUUUUAGAAUGGUAAAUCUGGAUCCCCUCUGGUUACAAAUGCAGAACUGGAGACCCAGGCAAGGGCAGAUCCCUUACUCCACCAGUGACUCACUGUUUAAUGGGCCUGGGGCCUUUGUAUCCGGAUUCUCAUUGUUCUGCCCUGGAUGAAUGACAGAACAUGACUUGAGUACCUACUAAGUGCAGGACUUUGUGCUGGAUGUUGCAGAUGCAAAUACACUUGCUCUCAGAACUUUUGGUCAGUCAGGUAAAUAUCUGUCAUAGGGGAACUUGCGUAAGAUAAUGGAUUUACCUCACGACUGCAACACUUUACAAGGAACUUCUCUCCAUUUCAUUCUCCCAUGGAAGGGGAGGCUGAGCGGAAACACCGUAGGCCUAGCAAUGGAUCUAUGGUCAAGAGAUCAAGGUUGGGAAGGAAGUGAGGGAACAGAGCUGCCACUGUUCACACCCCAGACACCCUCCCAGGAACCUCUAAAAGGCCCAGUCCCGAAAUGUGGCCUCUGCUGCCCUCUAAUGGAGAAAGGCAGCCCUGGAGCCCCCACUAACCUGGUAUCCCUAAAAGAAAAGGGAGAGAGGGCCUUCCUGCCUGCCCUUUGACUUUGUAUUCCCCUAGAAUCCUGAGCUUCGUUUCCUGCAGUCUCUGAAGCUGAACCUUCUGUUCUCUGAGGAGCCCUGACUGCCCCAAUUCCCGACCACCCCCCUCCAUCUACUAUUUCCCCAGUUUCCUUUGUUGCCUGGGUUCCGAUUCUGGUGCCCGGGUGCCUGGCCCUAACAGGGUUCUGGUUCCGGAAGGCCCCUGCCAGGUGCCUCGGGCCUCGCUCCCACCCAGGCACAAGGUGGCACUGAAGACAUGGGCGUGAACGUCCCCCAGUGUGUGAAGCAACUGGACAUCCGCAAAACUAUAGUGAGCCUGGCCACGGGCGCUGGGGCCAUCUAUCUACUCUACAAGGCCAUCAGGGCUGGUAUAAGAUGCCAGCCGCCCCUCUGCACCAACUCGCCCAUCUGCAUCGCCCGUGAGUGUCCGGGCCCUAGGGAGAGGGCUCUGUCCCAGGAGGUACCCGCUUCUGAGUCAUCCAGUGUGGGAGGGCCCAAAGGCCUGGCGAUCGAGCGGGAGCGACAUGGGCGGGACUCAGGUGAGAUCCGGAGGCUCCUCAACUCUUUGGAGUGCAAACAGGACGAGUUCGCCAAGAGCAUGAUCCUGCACAGUAUCACCCGCUGUGUGUACUUGCUGGAGGCAGAGGCCUCUGCUUGUUCUACUGAUGACAUCAGGUUGGUGGGCGAAAUGCUGGAUGACAGGGACAACAGUGUCAAAAUCCAAGCUCUGAACACACUUAAAGCUUUCUCUGGCAUCCGAAAAUUCAGGCUCAAAAUCCAGGAGCACAGCAUCAAGGUGCUGGAACUGGUCUCCACCAUCUGGGACUCAGAGCUGCACGUCGCAGGCCUCAGACUCCUCAACAGCCUCCCACUGCCUGAUUAUGUGCAUCCACAGCUGCGGCGGGUGAUGCCUGCCUUGAUGGAGAUCCUGCAGUCAGACUAUAUCCUGGCGCAGGUGCAAGCUAUACGACUGCUGAGCUACCUGGCACAGAAACAGGACCUUCUCUAUGAUAUUCUCAACUGCCAGGUGCAUGACAACUUUCUGAACCUGUUCCAGGCUACACAGUCAGGGAGUUUGCUGUUCGAGGCACUGGUGUUUGCUGAGCGGCUGAGUGAGGGCCGGAAUUCACCUCAUUACCGUGCCGUGAAAUGGCAUUACAAUGAACAGUCUCUGCAUGAAGCUCUCUUUGGAGAUGAGUCACGACUGGCAGACCGGCUGCUCGCCUUGGUUAUCCACCCUGAGGAGGAGGUUCAGAUCCAGGCGUGCAAGGUCAUAGUCAGCCUGCAGUGUCCUCCAGAUGUGGGAUGCCGGCCUUCUUCCUGCCAGCCUAGUCAUUCCUACUUUAAUAAUGGGGAAUAAAAUUAAGGAGAGCCAAUAAAUGAGUAUGGGAGAGAAAC